AUGCACUUACCACGCUUCGAGAUUAUUGCCCAACACGAGGUGAAACAACACAAUGUGAAUAAACUGAAAUUCAUAGACGAGCCUAGUUCUUUUGAGCUAUUUCCACUGACGAGGGUGAAUGGUCACUCACCGGCGAAUGAAACGAACACUUUCCCAUUGGAAGCGGUGAAUGAUUGGGUCAUUCAGCAGCAUGGAACUCCUCUGUUGGAGGACACUCAGCCCAAACCAGACGGAGUACUAAUGCGUAUCACCAAACGAAGAAGGGUGAAGCACAACAUGGCGCUGGAUGAAUGGAAGCAAAGUUUGAGCCUCAUUAGCCAGGCUAUGGAAGCUGAUGUGGUCGCAUGCUGUGAGUUAGCAGCCCGAUCGCUCCAAGAAAGCUGGGACAUGAGGGAUCAAACACUUGAAGCAUGUCAAUCUGUGCAGGAUCAAAGCAGCUCCGCGUUCACCGAUAUUCUUUCGUCAAGGGAUUUGCUUGAAUCCGAAAAUUGCAAGUCAAAAGAAAUCAUAGACCGACUGGAAAGUCAACUUUUUGCAAUUGAACAAAAACGUGUCACUGCGAUACGACAACAAUUCAACCGGAUGUCUGAUUACUUAACGAAGCACUCGCAUUUAUCAUCAGCGGAGUUGAAUAAACUGUUCCUAGAGGAAAUCAUGCGCGUCAAUGUUGAACUACUAAGCAACCGUCGCGAAAUUAUAACCCUAGCCUACAAGCUGCGGUUGACGGAGGCGGCAAAGAAUCGUCAUGAUCAGCUCACGUGGAGUGAAGGCUGUGGAAGAUGGCGAAAAAUCAACGUCGAUCACUGUAUAAAGGAAUUGAAAAAUAAGUUGCUAAGUGAUGAGUGUUGCUUCCCUGGCACUGUCCAAACGUUGGUGAAUCAACUGACCGAGAAACACACGGAACUGAGACAAAAAGAGGAGACACUCAUCGCUGAGCUCUGCCAAAGCAUGAUCCCUCCCACGUUCACAUCUGAUGUGAUACAGCAGUGGACUGAGCAGGCUCGUACAAUUUAUCUGCGUUGGGAAGAGCUGAAUGAGCAGUAUCUGCAGCUGAUCUGUCAAGCAUAUGAAUCUCACUCACAGGAAUGCAUAGACAUGGUGAAAGCCCUUCAGGUUAAAUUGGUGGAGAAAAAAUACGCGGACACAAUGGAAGCCGCAGGAAAGACUAUCAAAAGUCAGUUGAUUCCAACCUUAGGAAGAUUACAAAGUCAAUUUGAAGAAAACUUGAAUUAUCUGGACAACUACUUUUCAUGGUCAACAAUCGCAAACAAGCAGGCAAUAGUGGGGACUAUCUAUCGAUUUGCUGAAAGCCUGACAGAAUUUUGGCAAGAGUGUGCUAUUAAGCCUAUGGAUACGAUGCACGACAGCAUGCUGCAACGGUUGGCCGCAGCGAAAUCGCAGUCCGCACAGGAAGCUGAGUUACAAGAUGUCGCACUCAAUGAGGCAAUCGACAGUUUGCGACAAGGUGCCACAGAAGCAGAAGUUGAGGAACGACUAAAAACAGUGGACCAUCUCCUUAGCGAGCUAAAAAGCCAUUAUGAAGAAUCAAGGGACAAACAGAUCGCGAUCGUGGAUGAAUACGCAGCCGCCGUUCCCAAGCUACUGGAAGAAUACGAGACUUCUUGUGAGCGAUUCUUCGGAGUUCAUGAGAUUACUGCCCGAUACACAGAACCCUCUAAAAACAUGGAGCGAAACAAAGCUGAGACAUCGGGUCAAUUCGAAGUCAUCAGAGUUCCUCAAAACAAGCGACCUCUAAGUGGCCGAGGCUGGACUCAAACAGUCGCACAUAGCUCCAGGACCCCAAGACUGAAGAAAAAAGAACCAUCUACCCACCGAUAUUUUCGAACCAAACCAAGAUCCGAUGCUCUGGAAGAUAUAUCGAUUGCGGCUGGAACGACGGGCUUGCAUAUAACGAAGAAGCCAAAAGCAAAUCAAACUUAUUGGGCCACACUGAAAUCUAAAUUCAAUUUUUCCGGGGUCUUGGGGGAUGAACUUCCGACUGUGGUGGCUGAAGCUCCACGUGUAACGGCGGUAUCGAAAAGCGCAAGAGGCCAAAUGGAUACUGCUCGAGAGGGCACCGAUCAUCAGUUUCGUGUGGAUCAAUUUAUACUGAAUGCGUUCAAACCUCCAGCGCGUGCUGAAUUUGCCGCAUUGAUCCACCGUAUUAAACGCGAAGCCAGAAAGAAUUUUUUAACGCACAUGGGGGAAUGGUAUUGGACGGUGUUGGAUCAGACGAACGAGGAGACAGUGCUUCGUCGAGAGGAAGCCAACGCCGAGUUUGAUUUACACAUUCGAUUGAAUGAGACACAGGCCCACCGAGCUCGAGAGGAUAUCGCUAACGUAAGAUUGACGGAAAUUGUUCAACACCGAACCCGUAUCAAGCGGCAUGAGGAAGCGGCCAAAUUGCUUCUUGCUGACCUACAAGCCAACGCCAUGCUUGAGCUGAACAAGCUUCUGGAUACUUUACAAUCAAAGACGAUUGAAAUGAUUGAUAAGGACCUACGACCUAGAAUGGGAAAUGCAACGAAAUCAGUUCAAUUAACCGCACUCAAGUGCAAAUUCGAGGAUAUCGUGAAAGAACACAUGAAAAAGGUUUGUGACAGUUUAUUGGAAGCCCGACAACGUCUUGAAGACCGCAUUAAAGUUAUACGCAACUCGAACUUCAUGCUAGUUGAAAACCUCAGACUAUUUUCUGAUGGCGGAAAUUUUGCACCGGAAGAGGCAGAAUAUUACAAGACGCGCAUACAAGAGCUUGGAACACAGAUUUCUUCCACGGAGGAAGAAAUUGCUGGCAAAAUGGAAGCCAUGGAGAAGGAAAGACGAACAUUCAUCAACGCACGUGUGAAGGCAUUCGAACGUGAGCUAGCUCCAAACAUGACGGACGUCAUUUAUGCAGAAAACGUUGCACGCUGUGCGACCAAUGCAGCAGUACGUAUCAAAGGAAACAUUGCGGACAGUGAAAGUCAAAGAAAGAUGAUUGACAGUUAUUUGCACCAGCUUGAAGAGAUUAUUACGCGGUUGGAAUAUUGCAGUGACUCAAAGUCAUCUGCCAUUCAAUGCGAAUUGGACCAUGUAAUCAUGGUUAUGAAAAACGCUCAAGGGAAGCCGAAUCAAGCAAGAGACAACAACACACAGCGGACUGAAUUUGACACAAUGACCCAGCGACAAGUGUGUGAAGAAGCCUUGGGUUUAUUCGAACAACUCUGCCACAGUGCGACCCACAGAUGUACCUUUCUUACUUGCCUCAGGAUGGAAACAGGUGAACGGGAGGGCGGUUUGCCGAAACAAAGUACCGAGACAGUUCGAAAAGAAGUAGGCAACAUGAAGACUGUAAUGCUGAAAAAGAAACCGGAUAUUUCGCCACCCCGGAAUCAACUAGCCAAAGUAGAGGAAAAGCGCCGCCCACAACACUUAUCUCAAGUCGAACGACCCAGUAUGUCUCCUGCUGCGGAUUUGAAGACAACUGAGCAACUCCCUUUGGAGGACUUUAUCAGUCGCCCGGGGCGUAAUGUUGCGGAGGAUCCGUGUAUUCGUGUGGUGCAAACCAUCAUGGCUGAACAGGCAAGGCAUAUGGGUUCGUUUGGGAUUAGAAAUUUGGAGCAAGAAAGGUCCGAUGGACGCGGGGAAAUACCCGAUAAAUCAACGGACCUCCGGAAAUACGGUAAAGGUUGGACUCCAUCCGAAACGCUUCCUCCAGCUAAGAGCAAUGAUAGUCGUGUCAUCCCAAAAGAAAUGACGCUCGAAGACAGUAAAGCAUCCAAAAACAAGAAGACGCGUGUACGUGAUCAGAAAAGAAGUCGGAUAUCGGUCACAAUGAGAACCACCCCGAAAUCAGGUAAAAGCGACGGCGACUUUGGUGGAAUCGAAGAACUCGAAUGUGAUGACGAUGAAUAUUGUUUGGAAGAAGUUACCCUGAUUGGGCGAACAAAACGCAUUUGCCGAGAAAACUUACAAGCCAUGUUACAUCUGUCUGAGCUAUACUACCGUCAAAAGGGUGCACGUCAACCAACUCGGCCGUCUCUCAUACCGAACACCUUCGAUGAAGCCAAGAACACACUAGUGAACACACUACGUCAGAAGUACGAUGGGGUGGAGGUGCUUCGUGUAUCCACCGUGAAAGAGUUCGCCAGACAACUCACAAGAUUGGAGGAACUAGCAAGUCGUCUUCCACCUGUGCUAUUUGCCUACAUUACGAACGAAAUGAAGUCGAGAACACUCGACCAGCUUUUGGCUUGCGAAGAGGAGCACGGUGUGGAAAUAGAACGGCUAACGCAACUCCGGCUCGUUCACGCCAAGCUUCUGCGUCCGGAUCUUGGCUCACCGUCGAACAGAGAUCAACUCAUGCAGUUGGAGCAGGAAGAAAACGAAAGACAAUCGAAGUUAGGAAAACUGCUUGGCGAGUUGUACGAAGCAAGGCAAAACAUUUUGGAUCGAAUUGGAAGUCAGUGCUGUGCAAACCUAUCGACAAAUGCCGAGAUGUUAUUCUUGCGAUUCGACAGACUAGUCUGUGUGGAUGACAUCGAAUGGAUUGUCGAAGAAGAAUCGACCGGCAAGUUAUCUGAUUUAAAGGCUACGAAAUCUCCUCCAUCCAACGAACAAAAAGCGGGAACAGUUGAAAAACAAACAGAAAUCGAGUCAGCGCAGAGAACGCAGUCGGACAGAGGCAAACACACAUGGUACGAAUUAAAGCUGACCGAAACGAAUCCUGAGAAAAAUGAGCCGGAGAAAAUUAAGAGUCGAAGCAUGAAGAAGACAAAACAGGCGAAGACGGUGAGAGUACAAGCAACGUCCAGUAAAGGUGAGGAAGAGGUGCCAGAUAGCCCGAAAGACUCACCAUUGGUCGGAUGUCGGCUAAUCACGGCGAAAACGACAGCGGCACACCUGGCGGUGCUGGCAUCAAGAGAUCGGUCAGUCAAGGAUUUCAUGGAAUUCAUGAGUCAACUCUACACCCUGACCAAUAAAAGCUAUCAAGACGGGGUGCGUAACAAUGAAAGGUGGAAAACGGAAUGGACAGAAAGUGUACGGGCGCUGCAGAAACUUUUCUAA